UCGAGGCUGAAUCAACGGACACGUUGACACCCAUUGACCCGCGCCUUGCCGCCUCAUCUUUCUCGCGACGGAUCAAUAGUAAAGAGGACAUAGUCACGUACCUCCUCAACUUUCAACAUCCUUACUUCAUUCUCCAGCAUCCUAAUGCGCUCUUAUCCCUCCCGCUCACCAACAUCUGUGGAUGCAUUGUUCACCCCAGUCUCGCGUCGUGUAGCGUCAGGCUGUUUUUCUUCAUCCUGUACGCGAUGAUGGUCGAGGAUAAACGCCAAAUCAUCAUCCUAAACUGCAUGAUCAUCAACUGCGCAUUAUUUCCCCUUCCGCGAAACAUGACUUACUGGCGAAUGUGGAUUUUCCGGUAUGGUGCAUGGGGUCUCGAAGACAUGCUGGACCGAGGGCUGGCAAACACAGGCCGCGUCGUGGAAGCAGGGGCUUCGGGUGCCAUAGGAGAUGUCCGAAUACCCGGACAGCCUCGUUUGUCUAUGCCGACGUGGCUUAAAAAUGAUUGUCUGCGAGUGCAUAAUCGGUUGAUCGAGGAGAUGAGGCAUGACUCGUCGAGGAUGCCCACAUGUUACGACCGUUAUACAUUCUACGACGGAACGGAUAACUGCUUUCUUGCGGCACGAGCUUCAUAUAAUGGUUUCGCGGCUGGCAUUUUCCACCAGCCUCAAUACUUUGUGUGGCUCCUUAGGUGGACCGUAUACCAUGUCCAGUGUGCAAGGAGGCUAAGCGGAAAGGUGCAAAGAAAUCUGUAAUGUAUUUGCAGAAGCACGGUUUCGUUUAUAGUCCACGUCGGGUAGUUGAUGUUGAC